AUGGAGUGCUACCUUCCUUUUAAGCUCUUCUCUCUCUUCCUUCUCCUUUCAACUGCUUUGUCAGCUUCCAUGAUGGAUGAUCGUGGCACCUACAUCAUCCACAUGGACAAAUCAGCCAUGCCGACGCCCUUCUCAGACCAUGAUAAUUGGUACAUGUCGAUGAUUUCAUCCCUGUCAUCAUCUGAUAAUGGCGUUUUCCCAAUCCAUCUCUACACCUACAACCAUGUGUGGGAUGGCUUCAGUGCAGUGCUAUCUCGGUCUCAGCUGGAGCAGCUAGAGAAGAUGCCAGGCCAUAUUGCCACAUAUCCUGAGACAUUCGGAAAGCUUCACACCACACAUUCGCUAGAGUUUCUUGGCCUUAAAAAGAGGGCUGGCUUGUGGUCUCGAGCAAAUUUUGGUGAUGACAUGAUUAUUGGUAUAAUUGACACUGGCAUUUGGCCGGAAAGUAAGAGUUUCCAAGAUGAUGGCAUGCCCCCCGUGCCAGAGAGAUGGCACGGGGCAUGUGAGUCGGGAGUAGAAUUCAACUCUUCUAAUUGUAACAGAAAACUCAUUGGAGCUCGCUCUUUCAGUAAAGGGAUGAAGCAAUUAGGCCUAAACAUAUCAAGAACUGAAGACUACGACUCUCCGAGGGACUACUUUGGGCACGGGACCCACACAUCGUCCACUGCUGCUGGGAGCCCUGUGCAAGGUGCCAAUUACUUCGGUUAUGCAAAAGGAACGGCAAUGGGGGUUGCACCAAAAGCUCGGCUUGCCAUGUACAAGGUAAUUUUCAGCAACGACGAUAGCCAUGGGGUUGCUGCCACAGACACAUUAGCCGGCAUGGACCAAGCCAUAGCUGACGGAGUAGAUCUCAUGUCAUUGUCAUUGGGAUUCCCCGAGACGCCUUUUGAUGAAAAUCCUAUUGCAAUGGGAGCUUUUGCAGCCAUGGAGAGAGGGAUUUUUGUGUCUUGUUCAGCUGGCAACAGUGGUCCUCAUGGAUUCACUAUGCUCAAUGGAGCUCCUUGGAUCACAACUGUCGGUGCCGGGACAAUCGAUCGCGAUUAUGCAGCUGAUGUGAUGCUUGGAGAUGAGGUCCUCACUGUUAGAGGAAAAUCUGUCUACCCAUUAGACUUGUUGGUGUCUCGCGAUCCAAUAUACUUUGGCCAAGGGAAUAGAAGCAAAGAACUCUGUGAAGACUAUGCUCUUGACCCAAAAGAUGUUGCAGGGAAGUUUGUAUUUUGUGACUUCAUCAAUGAAGAUGCAGGAGUCAAUAUGUUGGAAAUAGAAAGGUCAGGAGCUGCUGGUGCAAUCUUUAGUACUGCCUUCCAAAAUUUUCUUCGGCCACGCGAUUUCAAUUUGCCAUAUGUGGCAGUAACCCAAAAACACGGAGAUUUGAUCAAAGACUACCUAAUCAAAACAGAGAAUGCAACUGUCAGCAUCAAGUUCCAGAUAACGGUGUUGGGUACUAAACCUGCCCCCAUGGUGCAAUGGUUCUCAUCACGAGGGCCAGAUAUUCGGUCUCCAUGGAUACUAAAGCCUGACAUUUUGGCUCCCGGGGUUAAUAUUUUAGCUGCAUGGGCACCCAAUAGAGGAAUUGCACCUAUAGGAGACGACUAUUUGCUUACUGAUUUUACACUCCUCUCUGGCACUUCCAUGGCUUCUCCCCAUGUAGUUGGUGUAGCAGCGCUUUUAAAGGCGGUCCACAAGGAUUGGAGCCCAGCUGCCGUCCGAUCAGCCAUGAUGACUACUGCCUAUGUGAUUGAUAACGCCAAUGGCCCCAUCAUUGACACAACCACUAAAGUUGCUGGGACUCCUCUUGAUUUUGGGGCAGGACAUAUCAACCCUGAAAAGGCCAUGGAUCCUGGUCUUAUUUAUGACAUAGAGGUGCAAGACUAUAUCAACUACUUGUGUGGAAUGAACUACACAAACAAACAGAUUAAGGUCAUCACCAGGAGGUCGAAAUUUAGCUGCGAUCAGGCCAGCCGUGACCUUAAUUACCCAUCUUUUAUUGUUCUCCUCAACAAGACUAACACUACGAGUUACACCUUUAAUAGGGUGUUAACAAAUGUAGUAGAUAGUCCAUCUGUUUAUCGUGCGGUGGUGAAGGCUCCAUCAGGGAUGAAAGUAGUUGUGCAGCCUCCAAAGGUGUCCUUUGCUAAAAAGUACAGCAAAGCCGAGUUCAAAAUAACAGUAGAGGUCACUAUUGGAGAUGCUAGUACCCAGAGUGAUUCCAUAAUAAAUUAUGGGUAUUUAAGCUGGAAUGAUGUUAAAGGCACUCAUAUGGUGAGAAGUCCUAUUGUUGCUGCCCAUGCACCUUAUGUAAGAGGUACAUAA